CCUGUUGUUACUGGUAACAGCUUUUUUUUGUCCUGCAUUCCACAGGUUAUUGAUUUUCUCUGAAGAAUUAGGAUAGAAGAAACAAAAAAAACAAACAUCACGUAGAAAAACAUUCAGAGUAGCUUUUCCACUUGAAAGGAUUGAACAUACUUUUUGUUUUAAUACAUUUAUUUCAGUGCGAUUGCGAGAUAGGGGUGUAGAGAUUCCGGAAAGAAACGGCAACACGGCCGCAGCAUACAGACUGCGCUGCAAUUGCAGUUCUCAAUUCAUUUGAUCAGUGAAUAUGUCAGCGGCGCAAGCAUUCUGGCAAGCGAAGAUGUCUUUGCCGCCUGUAGUAUGCAGAGGAUGGCCGAGAUCAUCUCGUAUCCUAGACCAACACUUCGGGGUAACUCUGGACGUGACCGACAGUUUUAUCCCUAUUGCUGCACCGGAGGAGUUCUGGAGGAUGCUGGGACGUAGGAGAUUCUUUAGGCUUUGGAAGACGCUUGCCUCAACCGGCGACAGAGGAUCGACGGUCAUCAUGGACGUUUAUAAGUUCCUGGUAAACCUGGACGUGCAACAGUUCAUGCCGGAUGAGAUUACGGUGAAGGCGACCGGUAACAACGUUAUCACCGUCGAAGCGAAGCACGAACAGAGGAAGGAUAGGCACGGUCUCGUCUUCAGGCAUUUCGUUCGAAAGUACUUCGUGCCACAAGGGUACAACAUCGAAGGCAUCCUAUCUGAGCUUUCCUCCGACGGAAUGCUGUCCAUCGUCAUACCACGGGAAGAAGAGUACAAUCAGGCACCCAUAUUCAAAUUCGGAAAGUUGGCCAUCAAGGACAAAUAAAGACGUUGCGCGUUGAUCUGCACUUCAUCUCCCCCAUGUACAUGUAUUAAUUGUCAAUUAAACCGCAGCCUUUUUUUGUAACGCUUUGAAACACUCCUAGCCAAAUGUAAUACAAAUAAUUUAUUAGAGACCUGAUUGUUCUUAAGUUGAUGAAUGUAAAUAAAAAUAUAUAUUACGUG